AAGUAGAUAUUUGUGAGGCGAUUGAAAUGUUCCUUAACGUAAUUUAAGACGUAUAAAAAUUUGUGAAACAUCCCUUGGGAAGUGCACGAAUGUUUAUAGUUUAACACUUACAAUUUAUAUUGAAAUAUUUAUAGAGAAAUAGAUGUUAAUAUCUUAUGUUUAUUAUGAGAAAGUUCUGAGUGGAGAAAUGAUUGUUCACCAGAGACUCGAGGGGCAUAUUAAAAGUGAGGAGACGAAGGAAGUAUGGAGAAGAGACAAAAAGCAGCUGGUGCAGGAAGACAGAUGGUGAGGGAGGACAGAUGGUGACCACUAUCUCCCUGCCAUGGACAGAGAGCGACUUACUCCUUCGUCACCAAGAUGUUUUUGUUACCACUUGGUGAUAACGGAAGGUUAAUCUGACCUUCAACAGCAGUGUUUGGUGCGGGGAGGGAAGAUGUGGUGAUCGUAGCCAACACUGAGCUCCCCGACGCUACCAUGAACGCUACCCAAGGUAGCCAACACUGAGCUCCCCGACGCUACCAUGAACGCUACCCAAGGUAGCCAACACUGAGGUCCCCGACGCUACCAUGAACGCUACUACCCAGGGUAGCCAACACUGAGCUCCCCGACGCUACCAUGAACGCUACCCAAGGUAGCCAACACUGAGCUCCCCGACGCUACCAUGAACGCUACCCAAGGGCCAUCCAAGGCGCCCUCCGCUAUCACCAAGAAUCUCUGUCGAUUCCAGAACGUCAGCGGCAGCAUCGUCCUCAUCUCCUGCACGGAGGGCACGCCGCCCCACAACGAACCCGUCUACGACACCUACAUUGAUUACGACUACGAAAGCUACAACUUCACGGACGAGCAGUGGGGCAUCGUCAGGCAGCUCAACACAUACUACGUGCCCCUACUGAUCGUGGUGGGUUUCGUGGGAAACCUUCUGUCCUGCGUGGUCUUCCUCAACACCCGCCUGAGGAUGAGGUCUUCUAGUUAUUAUCUGGCAGCCUUGGCCAUCGCUGAUGUUACUUACCUCUUUAUACUCUUCCUGGUGUGGCUCGAUCUACUCGGAUUUAAUACCUUUAAUGUGAAUGUCAUGUGUCAGCUGGAGAUCUACCUGGGUUCUGUGUCCAGCUCGCUCAGCGUCUGGCUGACGGUAGCCUUCACAGUGGAGCGGUUCAUCGCGGUCCAGUACCCGCUCCAGCGGCCCACCGUCUGCACGGUCCACCGGGCCAAGACCGUCAUCGUUCUGCUCUCUACGUUCAGCGUCACUGUUCAUCUCUACGUUUUCGUGACGGCCGGCGUCAUCGUUCACCAGGACGAGUCAGAAUACAAUAACACAUCAGCAUGUGUCCCUGCUUUUGUAGGAGCAAAUCUCAGAGCAGCAGAUGCUGUUCCUGCAUCUGCUGAAGUUCUGUCGUACCCCAGCAAGAACCCCCGCAGCAUCCUGUCUACCAGGACUCAGUACUCCAUUACCAAGAUGCUGCUUCUAAUAUCUACCGUUUUCAUCAUUCUUAAUCUGCCCAGCCACGUGAUCCGGGUUCACGCCUUCAUCAGCAGCCUGUGGGGGGAGGAUCACGACAGCGAUGAGGUGACCAUGUGGAACCUGCAGCAGCUAUUCAUGCAGCUGCAGUACACCCACUUCAGCAUCAACUUUGUCUUCUAUUCCACCUGCGGCGCCACGUUCAGGAAGUGCCUCUUUCAGCUCCUCCCCAUGAGAGUCAGGACCUGCUGCUGCUCCGGCAGGAGCACCAACUCGCAGAGGUACCAGUGAUGUGGGAGUCAGAAAGGUGCACCGCCUUUGGAUAGGUUUUUUUUUUGGUGAGGUCCCAAGGACCUCCUAGCCGAGGUUCAAACGACUUUUAUCUAGCAUAGGUCCUAGUGAAAAGGGACCUACUGACAGAGGUGACAGUGUAAACACCCUCCUGAAUGGAACCGGUUAGCAGAGGUUCUCAUGAAUAGGACCUACUAGCAAAGGUCCCCUUGAAUAGGAUCUGCUAUCAAAGGUCCCCAAGAAGAAAAAAAAGGAUCUGCUGGCAGAAAUCCCUGUAAAUAGGACCUCCAUGCAGAGACUUUGCUAAGGUCCCAAAAUAUUAAAACUUCCUAGCAGAGGUCCCAGUUAAUAAGACCUAACGGUAAAGGUAGGGGAGAUACCCCUUUUAGAAGCAGCAGUCAGUGGUAUCCCUGGAAAUAAAUGUAUCAGUAUCCGAGAUCCCAGACUGAGGUACCAGUAAACGCACAUACCGCUUACCGGAAAAAAAGGUACUAGUGAAUAGUACUCUUAGCGGAAGUACUAGUAGACCGAGCCCCUGGCAGAGAGUGCUAGUACCUGGUACUCUUAACAUAAAAUUACGUGAUACCUGAAUCAGGGAUAAUAGGGUAUGCUACUCUACUGUAAAGGCAACAGAAGAUAAUAGGGUAUGCUACUCUACUGUAAAGGCAACAGAAGAUAGCACCCGUUAACGGACGUACGAGUGACUGGACUCUCUAGUUGAGCUGCUGUUUUGGGAAGGAUCCAGUGGCUGGAGUACUAGGAAGAAAAGCACUGUAAGAUUCCACCAGCAGGGAAUCGAAUACUAAUCGAAUCUCGUACUGGCGAUGAUCCAAUUGAACUGAUCUCUGUAAGGGAAGGUUGGGGAGAUGUGCUACCUUUAGCAUCAAGAACUGGGAGACCAGUGGGAGUAUACCUGGGUAGAUGUGCUACUAGAUGGACUCUGGUAUCAGCAGAUGAUGGUAGACAAACACCAGCUGAAAGGACACACAACAAAAAGAGGUGCUUACGGCUGUUGUAGAUCCUGACUGAGUGAGGAGUAUUGGAUGUGAAGGAAUCCAAAGUAAUUUUUUAUUCACACAAAAGACACCAAGAGAGAGCGAGAGGAAAUGUUAUAACACCGAUAAAGGGAGUAUUAAAGAAACUUUAAAGACGCCGAUAAAGGGAGUGUUAGAAGAACUUUAAGGACACCAUUAAAGGGAGUGUGAGAGGAACUUUAUAGACGCCAGUAAAGAGAGAGUGUGAGAGGAAUUUUAAGAGCUAUAUUAAAGGAAGCGAGAGAGGAACGUCAAGGUCCCAUAAUUACAGGUAUGAGUUCCGCUCCUUCUAAUCGUGGGACACCAGGAGUGUUCUCGCUAUGUGUUACACACGAAGCGGAAGUUUGAGCCGCGCGUCUUACGACGCUGUGGUCUGGCAAGGCAGCGGCGGUCAUGUGACCCUCAGUUCAAGUAGGUCAUCAUGGCACCAAAAUCCGCUUCAUACCUCUACUGAAAAGUAAAAUACCACUAGUACCACCACCACUACCACCACCAUCACUACGACAACAACAACAACAACAGCAACAACCACCACCACCACUAUCACUACCACAACAACAGCAGCAGCAGCCACAACCACCACCAACAAUGGCCCCUCGAUACAAUACUAUAAAAAACUGAAUCAGUGACUUAUCUUUUCGAAGGCACUCUGUACACACUGAUACUAACACUAGUGCCAACACUGGCACCACCACUAGUGCCAUCACUGGUGCCAACAUUGGUGCCAACACUGGUGUCAUCACUGGUGCCAACACUGGCGCCAUCACUGGUGCCAACACUGGCGCCAACACUACGUCCAGAAACUCAAAAACACAUUUUAACAUAAGUGAACGCAUCUUCCUAAAGACGUGUCCGAAAUACUCUGCAACUAUGUGUUAUGUCUUCCCGAGGUCAUGGCUGGUGUCUUUGCUUGUUGCUGGUCAUCCUGUUCUAGACACAUGUCUAGUUUUAUCCCAGACGACACGUCACAAGCCUCCAUAUCAAAGACAUUUACUCAUGUCCAGAUUUUAAGUCAU